AUGAAACCCUGUAUUACAUUCCAUAACCACGCUGCUUCCUUCGAGCACAAGUUACUGUUUAUGUAUAACUCAUGCCAACACUGAAAGCGAAUGGGGAUUGAACGGUUCUACCUCUUUUUCCUGUUUCUGCAAAGAAGUGAGAAUGUACAAGGAAAUUGUGUCUCAGGGAGUGCAGUGAACUGCGAGGACUGUUUGCUUUCUGGACCACGUUGUGGCUGGUGUUUUCAGGAGAAUUUCACUGACCCAUCUGAAACUUACAAACGGUGUGAUACUCCUGAAAAGCUUAUUUCAAAAGGAUGCCAAUUGAAUUUAAUUGAAUUUCCUGUUUCUAAAGUAGUGAUCCAGAAAAACAAGGCCCUGAGUCAAGGGCCACAAAAAAACAACUCCGAUGUUACACAGAUUUCGCCUCAGAAACUAACUGUUCAUCUGAGGCCAGGAAAUGAAGAAACAUUACAGAUCAAUGUUCGUCAGACGGAAGGCUAUCCUGUGGAUCUCUAUUACCUCAUGGACCUUUCAGCUUCCAUGAAUGACGAUCUGAAUACCAUAAAGGAACUGGGUUCCACUCUGUCAAAAGAAAUGUCUAAACUCACCACUAACUUCCAACUGGGUUUUGGAUCAUUUGUUGAAAAGCCAGUUUCACCUUUUAUCAAUACGUUGACUGAAGAAAUACAGAACCCUUGCCGAAGCGUCCCAUAUAACUGUGCACCAACAUUUGGAUACAAGCAUGUUCUGUCACUUACAAAUGAUGCUGAAAGAUUCGAUGACAUCGUGAAAAAACAGAAAAUUAGUGCAAACAUAGACACACCAGAAGGAGGAUUUGAUGCAAUUAUGCAAGCAGCUGUUUGUAAGGAAAAAAUUGGUUGGAGGAAUGAUUCAUUACAUCUGUUGGUGUUUGUGAGUGAUGCUGAUUCCCAUUUUGGCAUGGAUAGUAAACUAGCAGGAAUUGUUAUUCCAAACGAUGGGGAAUGCCACUUAGAUGACAAUAAUGAAUACUCCAUGUCAACCAUUUUGGAAUACCCAAGUUUGGGACAACUAAUAGAGAAGAUAAUGGAAAACAAUGUUUUCUUAAUUUUUGCUGUAACAAAGGCACAGGUUCCUUUGUAUCAGAGCUAUGCUGAUCUUAUUCCUGGGGCUACUGUCGGACGACUCCAGCAGGAUUCCGGAAAUGUCCUUCAGUUGAUUAUUGAUGCAUAUAAGGCGCUCCGAUCUGAAACUGAGCUGGAGGUGUUAGGAGACACAGAUGGACUGGACCUGGCUUUCACUGCCAUCUGUAACAAUGGCACUGUCUUUCCAAAUGAGAAAAAAUGCUCGCACAUUAAAGUAGGAGAAGUGGUUACUUUUAAUGUGACCUUAAGCUUGUCUGCAUGUGUGAAAAGUAGAAGGCACGUCAUAAUAAAACCCGUGGGUCUGAAUGAAGUUCUGGAAAUUGAUGUUGAGCCUGAAUGCAGCUGCAGUUGUCAGAAGGAAGCUGAGGUGAACAGCUCCAAAUGCAAUUACGGGAACGGUUCAUUCGAGUGUGGGGUGUGUGCUUGCCACCCUGGCUACAUGGGCCCUCGUUGUGAGUGUGACGAUGAAGAAAAGUCAUUGGAUACAGCUUCCUGUAAAAGUUCGCCAGAACAGACUUCGUGUAGCGGAAGAGGCGACUGCUACUGCGGACAGUGUAUUUGCCAGCUUUCGCCAUAUGGAAGUAUAUAUGGGCCAAAUUGUGAAUGUGACAAUUUCUCUUGUGUAAGAUUUAGAGGCCUGCUGUGUGGAGGCAAUGGUGACUGUGACUGCAAUCAAUGUAUUUGUUACAGUGGCUGGACAGGGGAAUACUGUAACUGCACUACUGAUACAGAAGGCUGUAUUUCUGAAGAUGGCACAAUCUGCAGUGGGAGAGGUGAAUGCGUUUGUGGGAAAUGUGUGUGCACCCAUCCUGGGGUUUCAGGGAAUACCUGUGAAAAAUAUUCUACCUAUAAUGAUCCUUGCAGUUCCAAACAGAGCUGCGUGAAAUGUUAUCUAUCAUCUAAUGAUCAGUCAGAGGAAGACUGCACUGAAAUAUGUAAACUGGCUGAUGUGACUGUCAGUAGCGAAGAAGAGAUUGUGGAAGAUAAAUUUGUUCCUUGUUUGCUCCGAGAGGAAAACAAGUGUGUUAUCACAUUUCUAAUGGCAGCUGAUGAUCAGGGAAAAACUACUAUACAUAGCAUAAAGCAAAAAGAUUGUCCACAACCUCCCAAUACGAUGAUGAUUGCGUUGGGUGUUUCAACUGCAGUUGUUAUCACUGGGGUUGUCAUGCUUUGUAUAUGGAAAUGGCUCAUUUCAGCUCGUGACCGCAAAGAAGUUGCAAAAUUUGAAGCAGAGAAAUCAAAGGCCAAAUGGCAAACGGGAACAAACCCAUUGUACAGAGGCUCAACAACAACAUUUAAGAAUAUAACAUACAAGCAAAAAGAAAGGCAACCAGGAUCUGCUGCAGAUAGAUAUUAGAGGUCUGGACAGCAGCAGAGAAACACUAGUUUUUGAAAAAUUAAAAAUAAGCAAUGACUACAGUUGUCAUACAUCUCUUUAAAUGGAAACUUGUUGACAUACUCUAGUCGUACAGGAGCUUGGUUUGAAAGAAAACAUGAUUGCAAGAUCGUUGGAGUCAUGACUUUGUAAUCUAAAGGAUCUACUAUUUGUGCUAGCCCCCCCCCCCAUAUUAGAAGAUCUCAGGUAAUACUUUAGUGGAAAGGAGCAUCUGAACAUAUUGGGUCAAUAGCAACACCUGGAAAAGUCAGACAGGUGUCAGCAGUCAAGAGGUGGUUGAGCUGGUCAGCUCACCCCAUUUCGUGCUCACAUUUAGUAAAUGAUUGGGUGGAUCAGCAAGAAACAUCAAAAUUGUGGGUGGGUCAGAGCUGUUGCUGCAGUCUCAAGUUAUACAUCUGUUACACAGGUCCAGCACAGCAGGAAUAUUACCAACACUGUGAAGUCAAUAGGAUUAUGGAACACGCUGGAUAAGGAAUGUUGUCACAAUGUUUUUUCCGGACUCUCAAGUAACCAGGGUCCAGCACGUUGCACACAUGUAGAUUUAGGUGGCAAAAUUUCUUGGCCAGAAAAUGUAUCCCCGCUAUCUUUUUUAAAAAAUUAACCUCCAUUUGGUUAAUUGUAUUACUUGGGGUAUUAAAAAGAAAUACCUGUGCACAGGCAACUCAGAGGUGAUGGGAAACUGCCUCAGGCUUGCAUACUCCUCUCUUCCCCUGCUCUUUUAUGCACCAGAGGAAAUCAAAAGAGGAAACCAAAAGCUUCUGUUUUGAUUUUGAAGCUAGCCACAUUUCCCUAAGCUGUCCACAUUCAAGUAACAAUCUCUUGUUUAAAAUUGUAGUUAGUGAAAACAAGCCAACUUUGGAACCCAUUUUGAUCUUCACAGCCCAUUCUCACAGCGGGUCUCUUGUUAUAUACUGGCUGGGUCACUAAGUUCUGGUUUGGAAAUAAGUCAUUCACAAAAUUUUAGACUUAAAUAUUUUUACUUCAAAAGUUAUUUUAUUGAAUAGUGACAUGAGGUUAUAAGUCAUGUUCUCCCUCCACUGAGAAGCCUAUGUUCACCAUUGACAAGGCAGACUUCUGUAGACAACCUGACAGCAUAGAGAACAUUACUUGCGAGAAGCUCCAAUGGGAAGAGUUAAGUCACACAUGCAGACACGUAGCUCAUUCCCUAGCAGUCCUCCUGCCCUCCCUGUGCUGGGCUCCUCUGGUUAUUUAAAGGAAAAGCACGUUUUCCAACAAAAACAUGUACUGUAACUGAAUUGUAGACUGAAGAUUAAACCAAGGCUUCAGUCAUGAAUAUUUUACUUGAAUUCCAAUGAAACCUGAUAGGCAUGUUUUUAGAGAGAAUAAAAUCUGUCCCUGCAAGAAAAAAAGUAUUUAAAGUAAAGGGAUGGGGUGGGGUGAAUGCAAAAGUGGGGGGAGGGAAAGGUUUUAAACUAGUUUCCCAGGUCAGGUAUUGGAAGGAUGAGAUAUUUUAGUGGUGGUGAUGGUAGCAUGGUGGAGGUAAUGACGAGGGUGGUGUUUCUUCAAAGCAAGCAUUCACAAUGUAAUUCACACUAUGAAUGUAUUUUGUAUUUGACAGAGGCACUGGAAAUGUCUUCGUUAUUUUUGUUGAAAUACUGUAGUUUUGACCCAAGGCUGGACCUUACAUAUGGCCAAAACAUAAUUAGUAAAUGUACUGUUACUCACUGGAGUCCUUUGGGCAUUUUAUUGGUGCUUUUAUUCAUUGUGUAAAUCUCUGUGUGAAUGAUUAGCAUUAAGUUUUGCAAAUGAAAUUUAAAAUAAAAAUGUCUUUGAUUAUAAAAAUGCUGAUAUAUAGGCAGAACUGCUGUAAGGAACUAGAUACUCAAAGGUUAUAAACUCUUGGGGUCAGCUUUGCCUUAAUGCUUUCAAUGUGUGUUUGGUGUUGCUUUUGUUUGCCACUUUUAGUGUGGCAUUUGUUUGCUUUUUUUUGUAUGUGUGUAA